CGCUUUCUUCUUACUAAUUUUGAUUCUGUUUUCUUGCCAAUACAACUGAAACAAUAUUCCAAUCAAGUAACACAUUUUUUGAAGGUCAUUGAUUUGACCUGCGGAAGGCUAAGAUCACACGGCGUUUUGGUACCAAAUCCUGAACCUAAAAAUGGUGGUUUCGUCCCCUACCACCGUAUACAUUUCCAUGUCCGUGCCACCCACGUCUUAGGAUGAUAGUGAAAGUGAAGCCUUUGAUUUGUUAGCAUACAUUUUUCCAAUAUACGUAUAUAAAAGACAUGGCAUCAAGUCGCCUAGCAAUCAAUGCCAAUAAUAACUCGUCCACCAAACUUUCUUACCAGUAGUGCAACCGUGCCCAACUCGUACGAUGGAUGAUGAAGGUAAACAAGGGUUCCGAUUGAACCCAAUUCUCGUCGGCCUUCUUGGGGUCAUUGCCGGAGCGAUCAUGGUUGCUACUUAUCAUUUAGUUUCCUUCGUUUGUAAGUGCUGUCGCAGGCAGGUGGUAGUCACAGCCAAUACAAGCCAAAAUGUUCAACAUAAUCAGCAGGAAAGGGCUAGUGACAGAAUCAGAAGCCCUUCCACGCCGAGGUUAAUUCCAAUAUUUAGAUACAGCAAGGAUUGCAAUGAGGAAACUUGUGCCGUUUGCUUGAGUGAUUUCAAGGAAGGGGAGCAAAUUCGGGUAUUGCCAGACUGCUUGCACUUUUUUCAUGUGGCAUGCAUCGAUGCGUGGCUAAAUUUGCACUCCAAUUGCCCGCUCUGUCGUGCCGAUACUUCAUCUCCGGAGCAAGUGGCCGUGCCUGUGCCGGAUUCUGGCAGACCACAACCUCUGGAGCUUAACCGGUUGCCGGAUUUUGGGGUGUAACUUUCAAAUGAUGAGAGGGAUGGUGGCUUUACUGUGAAGCCAGCUAGCUAGCUAGCUAGCUUAGCUACCCUUCAUUAAUGAUUGUUUAUUUUGCUUGGAACUGACUCAAAGCGUCAGAAAAAAAAUGCCUAGCGAAUGAGAAACAAAUUACAUGUAUACAUUUCGUUAAUUUCAAAAAGAGAUGUAAAUAGCAUCAUU